AUGCCUUCCAAGAGGUAUGCGGAUCUGGACGUGGUUGACCUCGCCGGUACAUCGACUAAACGCGCCCGCGUCUCAAGAAAUUCAGCAAGACCUCCAAAGAUUCACCAUCCGAGACAUAUUUACAAGAACCAUGCGAAAUCUGGAGUAGGAAAAGAGUUCCAUUCCGUGCCGUACCCGCUUUCGCUGCUACCGAAGAAGUCAUGGGCAGCACUCAAUAAUGGCGCAGCCGAGGGCGCAGUAUGUUCCAAAUGCGAAAAAGCACGAGCAUCCACCGCACAUCAGCGGAAGCUCUAUCUUGUGGCCGAACGACUUUCGUGGGAGAUAGGAGCCACCAGCUCUGCGGCGAGGAGUUCGAACGAGGUCGCCUUAUGGGCCGUCAAUGCUGAGCUUGAUAUCUUCGAGCCCGCGGUAGACGACGAUGAGGUCGUCAUCGGCGGUCGGAAUUCCCGCCACAACGAUUGGUUUCCUUUCAAAAGCCAAGUCGAAGCCGAGACCGCGAUGGGUGUCGUGGCGAGGGCAGACGUGCUUAGUGGGGAGAGCUGGAAAUUAUGGAAGGAGAACAUUGACAGAACACUGCAAUCUUCGCUCAAGGCAGAAAGUUCGUGGACGGAGGAGCACCCACUUGAUCUGAAUGCCGAUGAUACUAGGCCUCCUUAUUCUGGACGAUCAGCUCUGAAAGAUCUGAGUCCAAAUUCGAGGCAGAGACAAUCUCCUCGAAAGCAUGGCAAGGAGCCUCUUCGAUCAGCGUCAUCACUGCCAACGCCGCCAUCGUCUGGGAGUAUCGAACCUCCCGAAAGAGAUACAGAAGAGCCGCCUCCUUGCAGCUUCAAGACAUUAUCAGACUUCUACGGCCUCCUCGACAAGAUUGAGCGGACGAGCCCAAUGAGGGCGAAAUUUCUUGAAGCAUAUGCUGAAAGGUUGCACAAUGAGUUGUGUAAGGAUUGUUGGUUUGAGAGCAGUAUCUUGAACAGUGUCAUGGACGAUGACGAGGAGUCAGAGGCCGAAGAUCGACCAGAGCAGUCGAGCAGCAGAGCACCGACUCUCCAACAAACUCAUGGCCCGCCGCGAUAUCCCAUACCUCAUCGGCCAGCUCCGCCGAGCACUGCACCGACGCUCGCAGCCGGUCGUCGCAUUGCUCACGCCGCGCCAAAUAUCUCUCACGCCCAUCCGCCAAGCCAGCCUGGAAUUCUCAAUGAAGCCGAGUUACUCGGGAGAUAUCAGUGGGUGAAUCAGCAAGACCUCCGUCGGGCGCACCCCAUUUCACAAGCCAGAGCAAGAGAAGCCACCCAAGACCACAGAUCUCGACGGGGUCACGAGAGUAUCCUCAGCCCUGCACAACAAGCCGAACUAGCGCGUGCUCGCGGAGCUAUACAGCAACACCAAGGUCGUCGGAACGUCCCUACCGCCAUAGCACCCGCCCCUAGUCUGCACGCGCCUGCGCAUGAGAGGCCGCUUCCACCUGGCUGGGAGAUGCAGACCACUCCGGAUGGCCGCCCGUUCUUUCUCGACCACUCGAGGAAGAUCACAACAUUCAUAGAUCCACGCUCAGCUGGUAUCCCGUUGCGAAGAUGA